UGUUUAAUAAAAGUUAAUCAAGUAAUCACAAUAAACUAUGAGGAUGCGCGAAGACUACAUACAUUGGUUAUUUGGUAAACUUUGGGUUAAAGCAGAAGUUAGUUGAACAGUAAACCUUUUAUUACAAAGCUCUCCAUGUUUUUACGCUUUUUGUUAUUUACUUUGUGUUUUUUCGUUAACCAAAGGAUGAAACUAAUUUCAACCUUCAAUCAACUCUUAUUAAUGUCUACAAUUAAUUACAAUUAUAACAUCAUUUACUAAUUGGUGAGUACAAUUUUGUGUGAUUUAUCAUCAUUUUUAAUCAUUAAACCCAUCAACAACAACAACAACAAUAAGCGAAGAUUGAAAAGUACAGAAAACUCAACCCAAAUAAAAAGAGAUAAAAAAUUUGUCUUGUUUAAAUGUUUUCAAAAAAACCAGAUCAACUGUAAAAUUUGUGUUGAUAUUCAUGUUGAUAAAUCAAUUAAUUAACCUCUUCUUGUAAAUUGUAGUUAAGAUCAGUUAACCAGUAAAUUUUACACAUCUUUAAACCCAUCAACACCAACAAUAUAUCAGUGUUAAUUCAAUGUUUAUAAAUGUGCAUCUUCAAGUGUCUUCAAGUCAACCCAAUUGAAGUGAAUUAUAUAUUUUUUCCUGCAUUUUUGUUGUUAAACAUGCCAAUUUAGCAUUUCCUUUCAACACUCAAACAAAACAAUUAAAUCAUCAAAGGACCAUUUAGUUAUCUAAUCUCAACAGUUUCAUUCAACAUCCAACAAUCACAGUGAUUUUAAGUUAAACCUAUUAGUGAAAUUGCAACGGAUUAAGGAGACGAUUAACUCUUACCAAUUGUUACACCACUGAUUAGAGAGAUACCAAAAUCUUGACAAAACUGAGUUUCCCAAAUUAUGCAAAAACAAAGGAAUCUUUUGCCUGUUCCAGUUGUGGUGUAAUUAGUGGUUAAACAUCAUGGGCAUCAUCAACAACAGGAGGUGCAUCUGACGAAAAGGAUUAUCAUUGGAAUUAAAGGAGACAAAAGAUUCAAGUUUCGAUUUUUGAAAGCGUCCAAAAGCAAAGUUACUUUUUGCAACUCAUCAGUCAACGAAAAUGUUUCGAUUUCCGUCGAUUUCAUGUCCGUUUUGCUUAUACAUUUGGUAAAGGUUAACAAGAUGAACAUUUAUACUUGAUUGGAGAGAAAAAUUUCUGAAGAAUUUCAUUUUUUCUACUUUUCGAUUUGUUGGUUUGAUUUUUUUUCUGCUCCGUUGUUGAACUUUUUGAUAAUUGUUACUUGGGGCGCAAUUUUUUUACAUGAUUGAUUGUAAAAGCGAUUGAUAAGUGACGAUAUAAUUGCAGUCAUUGCCAGUAUCGAAUGGAAUCUGCUGGACUAUUUUUAGACGAUUAUCCAAACAAUUUCACUAGCGAUAAUGGAACCGUUUCUUUCAUCUCAUCCACCUUUGGAGUUACCUCUUCAGUUUCAUCUUCCUUGUCUUCUUCCCUUUCAUCUUCACUUUCAUCCGUCUCGCCAGUUUCAUCCACAGCCUCUGCCUCCAUUGACUCGACCCUUGCCAGCUCAACCUAUCCAAGUUCACUCGAUGCUCUUGGGUCCAACCUUGGAUCAACCCUUCAACCCGACACUCUAUUCACUCUGGUUGACUCUUCACUCGAUCAACCUCCUUGCAGUCCAGCUGAGCUACUUGAGCUAAAACUACGAAAUGAUCCUCUCAUGCUAUUAUCUGUGAUCUCAUUAGUGAUUAUUAAUCCCGUUAUUGCUGGUAAUACUGUUAUCGUUGCAGUUUCCAUUUCAUCUAAACUUCGUACCAUAACCAAUUUUUUCAUUGUUUCACUGGCCGUUGCCGAUCUUCUGCUCGGAUUAACUGUGGCUCCUUAUGCAUUAGCACUAACGGUUUUGGAUGUUUGGAUAUUUGGUGAAAUUUGGUGCCUUGGUUGGCUUGUGAUUGAUGUUUGGUUGUCAACAGCCUCAAUACUUAACCUUUGUGCAAUCAGUGUUGAUCGUUAUUUGGCAGUUACUCGACCUGUCCGCUAUCGAUCCAUAAUGACAUCUAAACGAGCUAAAAUGAUUAUCGCAUUUGUUUGGAUACUUUCCUUUAUUGUUUCAUUUCCACCUUUACUUGGUUGGAAUGACACUGGAUCCAUUAUAGCUCAAGGGCAACAUGAUAAUGAUUCGUCUAGUAUGAUGGUGGCCACAACUUAUGAUGGAUCAAAGUGCUUGUGGAAACCUAAUCAAUGUGUACUGUUUGACAACACUGGUUAUGUCACUUAUUCAGCAUUGGGAUCAUUUUAUAUUCCAAUGUCUUUUAUGAUGUUCUUUUAUUGGCGCAUUUACAUUGUCGCCUCACGAACAACACGUGCCUUGAAAAGAGGUUAUAAAACAACCAAAACGGGCGACUCCGAGACUGAUGGAUCAUCUGACAAACGGUUAACUCUUCGCAUGCACCGAGGCUACAUAUGUGAAGAUACAGGGUCCAAUGCAAGUUCAGAGACACCAUCCUUGAUGUCCUCACUGUCCACUGAUGUUCAUAACUGUCAUCAACUUCACCCAAUCCAUGGUCAUUCCCAUGCACACCAUCAUAAUGUUCACCAUUCACACCCUCAUUCUCAUGCUCAACACCAUCAUCACUACCAUUCAUCUAACCACGAGUACACAAACAAUCAUCAAGUAAAUUGUACAUCAUUCAUGAAAACUAGUCCUAAACUGGCCAAAUCUUUUUUCAGUCCAAGUAAGCUUCAAGGUUAUAAUAAUCGAGUUGAUGAUAAUAACAAUUCACCAAGUGAAAUGAGCAACAUUAGUAGCGUCAAUAACAAUAACAAUUUUAACGCUUUAAACGAUACAAACAAUAGUCAUAGUAAUAUUAGCGGCAACGCUGCCAAUUCUGGUUCAACCAACAUCAACUCUUGUGAAUCUCAUUUUGGUAAUAAUCUGGUUGUUCCUAAAUUCACUCCAGGUAAUGCCAAUGCAGGUAGUGGAAGUGGCAGUGGUGGAGGUAAAGGUCGUCGUAAAACACCCAUAACAGUCUAUAGAUCACCUCGGUUGCAGGUCAAUUCAAUAGCACUUGAAGGGUCUGGGUCAUGUUGUGAAGCUGAUGGUCAAAAGCGUCGAUCAACCUGUUCACUGGCUUCUUCUUGCAGUGGUUUAACUUCAUUAACUGGUGUUGAAAGUUCACCUAGUCAUACACGAGACUCUGGUCGAUCCAAUGCUUCCAAAUCGGUUCGCUUCAGUCGAAGGGCCAACACGGGUAAAUGGCAAACUCGAAGGUUACUCGCUGAAACGAAAGCUGCCAAAACGGUUGGAAUAAUUGUUGGUGGAUUCAUCAUUUGUUGGUUUCCCUUUUUCACCAUCUACUUGAUUCGUGGCUAUUGUCGUGAUCAAAAUUGUGUCCCCAAAUUGUUGCUCACCAUAUUUACUUGGUUGGGUUACACAAAUUCAGCUGUCAAUCCCAUAAUUUAUGGACUUUUUAGUCGUGACUUUCGUCGAGCUUUUAAGAAUAUCAUUUGCAAGUGUAAAUAUUCAGAGGAAACUGGUGUCACUUCACUUAUCCGUCAAAUUCAUUUGCCCAAUCUGUUUGAAGAAGAUAAUCAUGAUGAUUGUAUGAAAACUGAUUCCCAAGAAGAUGUCCAUUAAGAGAAAUCUGUUAAUUGAUACAAUUAAUGUUGAUAAUAAAAUUCUUUUUAACUUAUCAUUUAAACAAAAAAUCUUAUAAUUUCAUUAAAAUGCAUUUA